GGAACCUUUAUUACUGCGCACAAGUUAUACGCUGAGCAUAAAAGUAAAGGGAACGGAGGAAAAUUGAGGGAGCCGGACCGAAAUAAAAGGAACUGCUCAGAAUGGCUCGAUCUGCAAAGUCAGCCAUGGUGCUCUGCAUGGAUGUAGGCUUCUCCAUGAGCAACUCAGCCCCUGGUCAGGAGUCAUCUUUUGAACUAGCCAAGAAGGUUAUUCAAAACUGUGUGCAGAGACAGGUGUUUGCAGAGACCAAGGAUGAGCUGGGUUUGGUGUUGUUUGGCACAGAGAAUACUAAGAAUUCCCUGGACGACAGUGGACAAUAUCAGAAUAUAUUUGUUCAUAGACACCUGAUGCUACCUGAUUUUGAGCUGCUGGAGGACAUCCAGCAAAAAAUACAUCCUGGGAGCAAGCAGGCAGAUUGGCUGGAUGCACUUGUUGUGUGCAUGGAUCUCCUACAGAAAGAGACACUGGGAAAGAAGCACGAACGAAUCAGCAUAGCUCUGCUGACCGAUCUGCAGUCCCAUGUCAGUGCUGACCAGCUGGAUACUAUCAUCGCCAACCUGAAGAGGGCUGGAAUCAUGCUGCAGUUCUUCUUGCCUUUUCCUGUGUACCUGGAGGAAGGUGACGGUGAAGAGGGUGAUGGACAGCUUGGCAUAAAGCGGCCUAGGCUGUCCACCCAGGAAGGAAAGGGCCUGACCGAAGAGCAACAGCUGGGUGUGGAGCUGGUGAGGCAGAUUAUGACCUCACUGGAUGAACAGGGUGGUCUGGAAGAGGUUUAUACAUUCAGCACAGCCAUUGAGAGGCUGUCUGUCUUCAAGAAGACUGAGCGAAGGCCCACAGCCUGGCCAUGUCAGCUAACCAUUGGCAGCACUCUGUCCAUCCGCAUUGUUGCCUAUAAAGCCAUGACAGAUGAAAAGGUCAAAAAGAGCUGGAUGGUGGUUGAUGCACAGAGUCACCAAAAAGACGAUGUGAAGAGAGACACUGUUUACUGCUUGAACGAUGAUAAUGAGACUGAGGUUUCCAGGGAUGACACCAUUCAAGGAUUCUGCUAUGGCAGCGACAUUGUGCCUUUCUCCAAAGUGGAUCAAGAGCAGAUGAAAUACAAGUGUGAUGGGAAGUGCUUUGCAGUGCUUGGGUUCACCAAGCAGAACUUGAUUCAGCGUCACCAGUUCAUGGGCACGCAGGUCCUCAAGGUGUUUCCCCCCAAAGAUGAUGAGCAUGCUGCCAUAGCCUUAUCAGCUCUAAUCAGGGCCCUGGAGGAGCUGAAAAUGGCUGCAGUUGUACGCUACACCUAUGACCGCAGGAGUAACCCCCAGGUGGGAGCUGCCUUUCCCUGCAUCAAGGACAAGUAUGAGUGCUUGAUAUAUGUACAGCUACCUUUCAUGGAGGAUUUACGCUUCUUCAGCUUCCCUUCCCUGGAAAACAACAGGAAGUUUACAGCCUUAGCCAAACAGCUCUCUGCGGUGGACUCGCUCAUUGACUCCAUGAUGUUGCUGGAAGAGCAGGAUGGAGAGACUGUAGACAUCUUCAAGGUCAACCACAUGGCCAACCCCCAGUUCCAGAGGCUUUUCCAGUGCCUACAGCACCGGGCCCUAAACCCAAACAUCUCUCUGCCUCCCAUGGAGUCCUGGUUGCGAGCAGCACUAGAGCGCCCUCAAGUGCUUGCCACACGCUGCCAUGUACCACUGCAGGAACUGAAACUACAGUUUCCGCUGAAGGAAGUUGUGCGCAAGAAAGAGCAAAAGACCAGUGCAGAUGUGUUCGGACACAGGAAUGAGGAGGAGCCAGAUGCAAAAAGGGCCAAGGAGGAGAAAGAGGAGGAGUUCAAUCUGCAGGAGAUCUCACAGGCCAUUACUGCAGUGGGCAGCUUGAAUCCUGCUAAGGACUUCUGUACGCUCAUUCAACAGAAAACGUUUCCCUUUGCACAAGUUUGCCAACAGCUUACCCUUAGGAUUGAGCAGUUGCUAAGCAACAAAAGUAUUCCUUACUACAUGAAAUCUAUUGACUGCAUCAAGGUAUUCAAAGAAGAGUCCAUCAAGGUUGCCAACGCAGACCCUUAUAACAGCUACCUGCAAUCACUGAAGAGGAUUAUUUCUGAUCAAGGGCUUCAGGAAUUCUGGAAUCUUCUGGUUCAAACAGACAGCAUCACGCUGAUCAGCAUGGCUGAGGUGGCAGGAAGUUCUGUUUCACCGCAGGAAGCAGCGCAGUUUAUGACCAUAGAAGAAAAUCCUGAAGCAGCAGCUGCAGAGGAUGCUGAAGAUGUAGAUGAUUUGCUGGAGCUCGUGUGACCACGUCAUGAUUACACAGCAAGAAGGUACCUGUGCAGGAGCUGGGCACUGGUGCGAACCCAUAAUUUGCUGCCAGAGCUACCCAAACCUGGAGUUUUUACCCUGUUUAUUCAUGCAUAAUAAAAUACUGUCAAAAUGCUCA